AUGAAUACCCGUCCCGUCAUCGAUGAGUCGGCUGGGCCUAUUGCGCUCUCAGCCUCGUUCAACAGCGAUGCGAGCUGUUUCGCCGUUGGCCUCGACACGGGCUUCUGUGUCUUCAAUUCAGAUCCCUGCGAACUUAAGGCUUCCAGAGAUGCAGACUUAAAUGCCGGGGUUGGUACAGCUGAAAUGCUUGGACGAUACAACUAUCUGGCCUUGGUAGGAGGUGGCAAGAAUCCUAGAUGGCCUCAGACAAAAGUCAUGAUAUGGGACGACGCCAAACAGAAAGUCGCCAUCACACUCGAACAAAAGACCGCUGUGCUGCGAGUGCGCCUUACCAAGUCGUGGAUUGCCAUUGCCAUACAGAACAGCAUUAACCUCUACAAGUUCUCCUCGCCUCCGGAAAGAACUGCCAUCUUUGAAACGGCAGACAACCCUCUUGGAUUAUGCUGCCUGGGCUCUAGGAUCGUUGCUUUCCCCGGUCGCUCGCCAGGGAAAGUACAGCUUGUGGAAUUGGGCUCAGGAAACGUGAGCAUCAUCCCUGCCCACACGUCUGCCCUGCGAGCAAUGGACCUGAGUAGGGAUGGCCAACUCUUAGCCACAGCAAGUGAGACUGGCACCCUGAUCCGUGUCUUCUCGACCGCAAACUGUACUAAAAUUGCGGAGCUGCGUCGUGGGGUGGAUCCCGCCUAUAUCUUCAGCAUUGCUAUCUCCCCCGAUUGCAAUAUGCUCGCUGUCACCUCGGACAAAUCGACGUUACACGUCUUCGAUUUGCCGCCAAAUUCUUCGUCACAGUCACAACCGAACAGCCCCCUCAGUCCUUCUUCCCAACAGCGCCGCUCUCAAUCACCACAUAUCCCUAACAUGGCCGAAGAAGAACCGCCAACAAAUCAAAAAUGGGGCUUUCUUUCGAAGAUCCCGCUGCUCCCUCGCGUCUUCUCGGAUAUCUACUCCUUUGCAUCUGCGCAUUUCGAGAUGGGCGACGAGAGUGUGGGUUUCAAUCACUCUACACUAUCAUAUUUGCCCGCGCUCGGCACUUUACCAAAUCGGCCGCAAAAAGGAAUCCUCGGCUGGAUAGAUAACUCCACGAUCAUUUGUAUCGGGACAGGAAGAGAUGCGCGAUGGGAAAGGUUUAGAAUUGGUGAGCGGCCAGGAGUGACGGAUGAAGGUCAUAGAAGUGUUUGGAGGGAUGGGUGGAGAAAAUAUUUGGCAAGCUGA